CACAUUUGUAGGACACUUGCCAGAAAGCACUUUGACCGCAUCAACAGGACGCAGGAUGACUGUCAAGGAUGUUAUCAAAAAUAAAAUCCUCCAGGACAUGGUGCAGGCGGUGAACCCGCCGGGCAAGUGGAAGGUUAUGGUAGUGGACGACGAGGCCCUUCGAAUUUUGAAUACUGUUUGCAAGCUCUCGGAUUUAACGGACGAGCAUGUCAUUUCGGUAGAAGGGCUUGCGAAACGAAGGCAGCCUUACCCCGAUAGGGAAGCGAUUUACUUCAUUUCUCCGGAUCCUGCCUCAGUUCAACGCAUCAUUGAUGACUACACGCAACCGAAGCCUCCCUAUGCUGCCAUUCAUAUAUUUUGCUCUGCCCCUCUCUCAGAUACUCUGUUUGAGAAAAUAAAACGGUCGCCUGCUUCGAAAUUCAUACAAAGCUUGAAGGAACUGAAUGUUGACUUCUCAGCGCCCGAAUCGCACGUCUUCACCGUAGAUUUCCCAAACUCACUCAAAACCGCUUUCAACCCUCAAACUCCCUCUCUGCAAAACUACGAGCUGGAAAAGAUUGCAAAGAGGCUCGCGUCAGUACUAGCAUCUUUAGGGGAGUAUCCGUAUAUCCGUUAUCAUGAUCCAUCCGGCGGGAAGAAGGCCAGCGCGGCCGGUAAACUAGCAGAAUUAGUUCAGGCAGAGCUCGAUAGUUUGUCUCGCAUCAACCCAAACUUUCCGCCGCAAACUCAAUAUCAGCGAGCAAUCCUGGUCAUUAUGGACAGAGCUGUCGAUCUGCUUACACCCAUCAUCCAUAGUUUUUCGUAUCAAGCAAUGGUGAUGGAUUUACUCGGCCUUGAAGAUAUGAAAUACAGCCCUGCCGACGGUGACCCGGUUAAGCUGGACGAGAGUGACCUUGUGUGGAAUCAGGCUCGACACUGGCACAUAGCGGAAGUCAUGGAAUAUCUUGCAGACGCAGUAAAUAAGUUCACUACCGAGAACAAGGCGGCCGCAUUCGCCAUGAAGCGGAAUAACUCGGGAGGGUCAAGCUUGGAUCAGAUCCAGCAGAUGAAGGAUACCAUGGCUCACUUGCCUCAGUUCCAGGAAAUGAAAGCCAAGUAUUCUCUUCACACAAGUCUUUGCCAUGAGGCAAUGAAAGCCUACAAUGGCCGCCGAUUAGAACGGAUAUCACAAAUAGAGCAAGAUCUUGCAACGGGAGAAACGUCAGAUGGAAGGUCCCCACGACUUUCUUUGAUGGAAGUCAUAUCGUUACUGGAUGAUCCGAGGAUCGAGCAUGAAGAGAAACUCCGUCUUGUGAUGUUCUACGUAAUUGCGCAAAAUGGAAUGUCGGACAGCGACCGGCAAAAGCUUAUGGAGCACGCGAAACUGACGUUGGAGGAGUCUCAAGCUGUGCAUAAUCUCAGUAUGUUAGGAGUACGAUUGAGUGCCAGCUUAAUGGGACGCAAAGGAGACAACAAGGGGCAAUACGCGUAUGGCAUGCGCGAUAAGGGGAAGGAACACAAGUUUGAAAAUAGCCGAUUUACACCCAUCAUCAAAUAUAUCCUAGAGGACCAAGUCAAAAAUGUCGUUGAGGGGAUAACCUUUCCGUGGGUCCGUGAGCCGCCAUCUUCCGAGCUAGGUGGCAGGCCAAUGACAUGGGCGGCAUCUGGAUCAGCAGCGUCAGGAGCUCCAUCUGCGGCCGGAUCUGUGAGAACUAAAGCAUCCUGGGCAACACGACGAGCAGUAGUGUCCGCUAACGCGAAUGGGACUGCGACGGGAUCUGGCGGGCUGGCGGGGCUGCAACCGCGUCCAACAGAGAAUUUGCGCGCAAAUGGGCCUCGGGUGAUAGUGUUUGUACUAGGGGGCCUGACGCCGAGCGAACUGAAGGCGUGUUACGAUGUCAUGAAGGACCAGCAGAGGGAAAUCAUUGCUGGGUCUACCCACCUCAUCAAUCCUAUGCACUUUGUCGAGGAUGUUAAAGAUCUGCACCGACAUGGUCCUUCUAGACCACCGCGACCCGCAGGAUCCAGCCGUGCAUCACUUCCGGAAAGGGCAAGUAGCAGCCCAUCAAUAGGCGAUAGAUCGCCACGGUCGACGGCGCGAGAUAUGAAUGGUGGUUCGGCGUACCCAGCGCGAUCUUCCAAGCAUUCUACAGCACGCACUGAUUCUGCUCCUGCCAUAAUUGGACCUCGGACAGGCAGUUCCGGAGCCGUCGCUUCGAGAAUUGGCAACAUUGAAAACCGAUUAGCAGGGAUGAAUCUUUCCGAGCGUCCGCCGAUAGGGGGUGCGUCGGGAAAGCCUGCUAAUGGACGUAGCGCGCUGCGAGAAGACAGUGCAAGUCGCUCAGUGAACAUAGAUAAAGAGCGAGAGAAGAAGAAGGGCUGGUUUACUCGAAAAUAGGCCGUAGGAGAUUUUGUAUGGUUCAAAGCGGACUCUCAUGUACAUAUUUCAUUCCUGACACACAGGAUGGGGUUGGUUAAUCACCAGCAUUUUGUCCCCUCCGUUAUCGUCUUCCGCCUUUUUAUACUUUUCAUCAUUUUGCCCGAGUACAACCCUUUUUAACACUG